UUGAUCAACAAACGCGACGGCGUCAACAACGCGAAAAUAAAACUAAACACUGACGAGUUGAGUUGCCUCCACAACAACGCAGCACAACAUGUGGCUGACCUUGCUAGUUGGCGCUGUGAUCUUGCUACUGAUCUGGGACUUUGCACGCAAGCGUCACAGCUAUGCGGCACUAGCGAAAUCAGGCAUUACGGGUCCCACCUCGUUGCCUGUGCUGGGCUGCGGCCUUGAGGCGUUGCAUCUAGGAGCGGAGAAUCUCAUCGACUAUGUCGACGCUUGUUUUGCAAAAUAUGGCAAAACUUUUCGCAUGUGGAUCUUAAAUGAAUCGCUGGUCUACACCAUGGAUCUACAGCACUUUGAGGCCAUACUCAGCAGCACCACGUUGCUGGAGAAGGGACAACUGUAUCAAUUCCUGCGUCCCUUUCUCAGCGAUGGCCUCCUCUUGAGUGUGGGCCGAAAGUGGCACACGCGUCGCAAGAUCUUCACCAAUGCCUUUCACUUUAAGAUCCUCGAACACUACAUCGAGAUUAUGGAUAAACAGAGCGGAGUUCUCGUUGAGAAGCUGCAACCUUUUGCGGAUGGUGAGCAUGUUGUGGACAUGUUGAAAUAUGUGUCACUCGCUGCGCUCGAUGUUAUCACAGAGACUGCAAUGGGUGUGCAAGUGAAUGCUCAGAGCGAUCCAGACUUUCCCUACAUCAAAGCACUCAAAAGCGUUGUCUACAUUCAGCCGGACCGCAUGCUGAAGUUCUCGCAGCGCUACGAGUGGCUCUUCCGCUUGACCGCCCCGUUGCUGCACCGCAAGUUGGUGAGCGAUAUACGCAUCAUGCACGACUUCACCGACAAGGUCAUCCGCGAGCGACGUUCGACCGUGGAGCGUGCUCUCACCGACGGCAGCUACCGGCCAUUGAGUCUGGGGGAUGCAGAGAUUGGCAGCAAAUCGCAGAUGGCACUGCUGGACAUUCUGUUGCAAGCCUCCAUCGAAGGCAGCCCGCUGAGCGAUGCCGACAUACGCGAGGAGGUCGAUACGUUCAUGUUCGAGGGCGACGAUACCACCAGCAGUGGCGUCUCGCAUGCUCUCUACUCCAUCGCCCGGCAUCCCUCUGUGCAGGCCAAGCUCUAUGCCGAGUUGCAGCAGGUGUUGGGCAACGAUCGAACAAAGCCGGUGACUCAGGCACAAUUGCAACAGCUCAAGUAUCUGGAGUGUGUGAUCAAGGAGACGAUGCGUUUGUAUCCGCCAGUGCCAGCGAUUGGCCGAUACACCAGCAAAGAUCUGCAGAUUGGCGAUCAGACAAUACCAGCGAACACCAGCAUCUAUUUGGUCUUCUACUUUGCCCAUCGAGAUCCGCGACACUUUCCCGAUCCGCUCAGGUUCAAGCCAGAGCGUUUCCUCGACGACAACGAAGAGCGACAAACGUUCACUUAUUUGCCUUUUAGUGCGGGUCCAAAGAAUUGCAUUGGCCAGAAGUUUGCCAUGCUCGAGAUGAAGGCGCUGAUUAGCAAAAUACUCAGAUACUAUGAGCUGUUGCCCAAGGGACCUGAUCUCCAACCUAUGAUGAACUUUAUUCUACGCUCCUCUACAGGCAUGUGUGUGGCAAUGAAGCCGAGAAAAUAG